AUUGCGUGUUCAAGACCGAGUGUUCACGGGACAAACAUACAAUAACGUCAAAUAUGAAGAUAUAGCAAAAACUUGUAGUAUUAAUUAGUAACCACAAUUUCAAAUUAUAAGCAACAAUUCCAAAUUUCCAAAAUCACUUCAAUUUCUUACUCUGACUUGAUCAACUAGGGAAGAUGACUGAAGUUCAUGUGAAGCAAGCAGCAAUUGUAAUGAGUGUGCUUGCUGCUGGGUGGUUAGCCGUCGAGCUGGCUCUUAAGCCGUGGCUCGGCAAGCAAAGAGCCUCUUCGGACAAGUCUGAACCUAGUGCAGCUAAUGAAUCUAGUGCGGCUAAUGUUGAACCUACUGUGGCUAAUGACGAACCUGCUGUGGCUAAUGACGAACCUGCUGUCAAAGAAGCUGCUACAACCGAAGCUCAAGCCGAUGACGCUGGUGAUGAUGAUCCAACUACAAGCAGUUGAUUUUCCAGUAGUCGGCUUAGCGGCUGUGUUAAUUUCUUUUAAGCCUUUUUCAGUUUAAUAACUUAAAUUAUCAUAUCAUCUUAUUGAUCUAUGUACUAUUUCAUGAUCCAAAAAGAAAAAAAAGAAUUAUUAUGUACUAAGUUAUAUAUUUUGAUGACAUGAGUAAUAAUAAUAAGUGCAUGAUUUCAUUGGUGACUUA